AUGGCUGGUUCUGCCAAGAUCAGCAUCGUGACCAACAACAACGUGGACGACAACGCAAGCAGCAGGCACAUCGAGCUGAACCACUCGCAUGUGCAANACCCCCUCCAGGCAAUCAAGCACCAUCCGCGCGAGCUAUUGUGGUGUCUCUAUGCCAUAUUUGUACUAGUUCUUAGCAGUUUCGACAACCAGGCCGGCGGCGUUGUACUUUCAAUACCUCAGUUUCGCAAAGAUUUCGGUUCACCCUAUCAUGGCGACUAUGUGCUCUCUGCAGAAUGGCAAUCUGCCUACACUGGCGGUCCCGUCCUCACUUCUGUCAUUGGACUACUGUUGUCUGGCUGGCUCGCAGACAAGGUUGGCAGAAAGUGGACAUUCGCUGUUGGCUAUCUCAUCAUCUUCAUAUCCAUCACGGUUGAGACUCUAUCGACAUCGAACCUGACUUUCUUCGUUGGCAAGUUCUUUGCGGGUUUUGCCAUAGGCGCAUUCACAACCACCGCCCUUACAUACUUGGGAGAGAUUGCUCCUCGCCCUGCAAGAGGCAUACUCACUGCAGCGGCUGGUAUGGCUCUGACAAUUGGCCCUUUCAUUGUUUCAAUCGUCGUGAAAGUCACAGGUUAUCAAGCAACUCGCUGGGCUUACCGCUCGGUUUUCUUGGCUCAGUAUGGAUUCAGUGCAGCGGGUGCUGUUCUGCUGCCUAUCAUGCCCGAAUCUCCGUGGUGGCUGCUUAGUAGGAAUCGAAACUCUGAAGCUACUGUUGCACUCUUCCGAUUGGGAUACACUGCGGACGAGGCUCGGGUAUACGCAAUUACCACCAUCCAGGCCCUGGAGCACGCCAGGGAAGAGACAGAAGGCGCGACCUACCUCGAAUGUUUCCAGAAGAAUAAUCUUCGACGAACAAUCAUUGCAGCAGCGCCUUUGUCUAUUCAAGCUUUGAGUGGCCUCUUUNUUGUAUCGUCAUAUUCGACAUACUACCAACAAUUGGCCGGAUACAACACUCCCACGACUUUUAGCCUUGGAAUUGUCCAGAACAUACUUGCCAUGACAGGCAAUGCCUGCUCUUGGUUUUUGAUAGACCGGAUCGGUCGGAGACCUUUGUCAUGCUAUGGCAUGUUGGCCUUAACCAUCUUACUCUUGCUCACAGGAGGGCUUGCUUGUAUCGGAUCUAAGUCAGCUAUAAAGGGGACAGUUGGGUUGCUGCUACUGUACAACUGGCUCUACUCAAUUACGAUUGGAGCUACUGCAUAUCCAAUUUUGGUCGAGACACCAACAAGUCGUUUGCGAACCAAAACUGCUGCCAUCGGACUGACGUUGCAAAACAGUAUAUUCGUAAGUUCAUUACGUGGUCGCGCAAGAAGUUUUCUAAUUGUUUUGCAGGCAAUGUGGGCCUUUGUCAUACCUUAUCUUUUCAACCCGGAUCGAGCGAACCUCGGUGCUCGAGUAGCCUUUAUCUUUGGUGCGCUCGCAGUCCUCUCAACUGUCUACCUAUGGCUGUGCCAGCCCGAGACGUCUGGACGUUCGUUUGCGGAACUGGAUGAGAUGUUUGUCAAAAAGGUUCCAACACGAGGGUUCAAAGCAUACAAGACAGAAGCCGUGAAUAGUGUUCGCCUGAAUGUCCUCUUGAGGGGCGAUGGUAUACCAGUCCCAUAG